AUGGACCAAGAGGAAGCUUCUGGCCCGCAUGCCUUUUUCGAAUACGACCCUUUUGGCAAUAGGAACAACCGCGAAGCUCCACCGCCAACCUACCACAUUGACGACGACGAUGACGAUGACGACAGACAACAUAUUCCAGGAAACGGAAACUACUACGAGCCUCCCACACGCUACCAUUUCGGCCUCGAAGCAGCACCCCAUUUCGGCCGCGAAGCAACACCAAGCUUUGAGUCGGCAUUACGAUCGCAUGCCCGGCCGCCCCUUGAGCGCGCCGAUUCCAGCGCCAGUGCCGAACACUCACGUACUGCCGGCCUGUACCUCCCGCGCGUCCAACACAUGGCGUCUUCAGCAACACGGCGGUUUGCAGGGGAUGGCUUCGAUUACAGGCGGCCCGCUGGCUCGGCACAGCAGUCGCAAGCAACAGCAUCGGUGGACUUGACAGGGGAUGAUGACAUGGACGAGGACGACACCAUCCAUGUGAGGCAGGACGACACCAUCCAUGUGAGGCAGGACAACAACGUCAUCGAUCUCACGGCUGAUGAUUCGGGUUACGGUGCAAGCCACGACGGCCAAAUACCUCACCAAGCGCGAGAACCACGACGGGAGAGGGAGAGGCAAAGAGAACAGCAAGAGUCGCAUAGCCAUCGUAAUCGCCGACACGCGCCUCGCUUACCGCGGGGGAUGGACAUCAUCAUCGACCUGGACAACGGGGACGAAGAGUGGAAUGUCGAUGCACCAGCACCAGGACAAGCGCCGAGUUCACCAGAGAUUGAAUUCAUAUCCUCCCGCACCAUACCGGGUGGCCGCCGCCCCCAUGGCUCUCUCUCUCCCCUGCCCAACGGCCUCCCCCGCGACAACUCAGAUGGCGACGAAGAGGUGGAAUUCCUCCGCGCAAACGCCCUCCCCGAGCACGAACAACGCCGUCGCCAAGCAAACGAGCAAAUGGACAAUGUCCUCGACCUCUUCACACUAAACGGGCGCUUCACACACCUCCGCGCACAGAUCGAACGGUUUCACGACCAGGUCAAUCGGACGAGAACGCAGUUUGGGAACCAACAGGAGCCAGUGGCGCCUUCGAGGAGCGCGUCGAGGGGACGUGCACCACAUAUUAGAGUCGGAGUUGGCGCUUUCAUGGCGCCCGUCAUGGACUUUGAGAUGGUGGGUUUCGAAAUUGGUCCCCGUGGGGGCAGGGAGGCACCGCCUCCACCGCCAACGUAUACUGCGCCGCCAAAGGCACCUGAGGGUUUUACGAGGAGUCCCGAAGAGGACGGGGGUGCGCUGGUGUGUCCCAAUUGCGAGGACGAGCUGUGUGUUGGGGGAGACGAGACAAAGAGGCAGGUGUGGAUUGUCAAGGGAUGCGGCCACGUUUACUGCGGUGAAUGCACGACCAACCGAUCGUUGAAGCGCAGCGCAAAGGGCAAGGAGAGACCGGCGAAUACGCUUCCUUUCAAGACUUGCGUAGUUGAUGGCUGCGACAAGAAUGUGACGAACAAGAAGAGCAUGAUUCAGGUCUUCUUGUAA